AUGACGGCUCCUACGAUGCUGUGGCGAGUUAUAUAUGAUGGCUUUCGUGCGCAAUACUUGGAUGGAGAUGGUAUAUGGGCGGAGGACCAAGACAGCGGCAUCACUUUGAAUUCGGGAAAGGGCACUCUGCGUCGCGUGUUGGGAUACGAUUUCAUUUGGUGGCUCAAACGCGCUUCUCCCUUCAUCUCGGCGUACAGUAACAAACGUUUAGCGUCGUCGAAACAAGCAGAGCAGCUUGUUAAAGAGGGAAAGAAGAAUGUAACCAUCUGUGAGAUCGAUGUGUAUGCUAGUAACAGGCGUGCGGAGCAUUACUCGUCCAUGUAA